CCCAAGGAUGAGCGGACAGCAGCAGCGGCUACAGACUAGGAAUGAAAAGACAGCUCAUCCACGAGUGUUCCGGGAAAAGCUAAACCACAUUUUCUGAGCAUCCGUCAAAUAGGUUUCUUGGUCCAGCCUGGAUUCUCCUUGACAUCUCAGCAGCGAGAUACCAAACGCAUCCCUCUUUCACUGUGGAUGCUUUAUCCCUCUACAGAUCAGCUGUUUGCAUUUACCCUGGCUCUUGUAUAAAACUUUAAAAAAUUCUGCAUGGUAUUUUUCUGACCACUGGAUGUCAUGAGCGCACAGUAUAUGCUUCGGCUAGAAAAACAGCAUGCUUAGGGGAACACGGCUUCCUCCACUCUGGCGGCGCUCCUCUGCGUGACCGCGUGGAGGGUGCCCGGCGAGUAGUCAGGAUAUUUCAAUGGCUCACCCGUUACGGGAAGAAAAUCAAAAUCUAACAUGAGGUAUUCUUAGGGCCACUUCUCAAGUAUUUUGACCAAGGAAGCUGGGGUAGCCGAGGAGGCCCUGAAUGUGCAAACCAGCCCCUUUAAUUCUUCCUCUUGGCUAUGGGAAAUCGCCUGUGUUGAUAACAUCAUCGAUAUUUUUUUAAUGAGGACAGAAGGUACUCAACAAUAGAUGAUUUAAAGCAGCAGCCCAACAACUGAGCAAACCGAGGAGUGAAGAGAGGGAUGCUUUGACUUUGAGAAUUCACCCCAAUUCUCCCCAUCCUUCACGCUAAGGACUUCCAGCACGGAAAAAAAGAUCAGACUCAGAACUUAAAAAUAUUUGGCCGAUCUUCACAACUCUAGCACAGGAAUAAAUACAAAGGACCCAGAGCGACAGUUUCUGAGCUUUUAAAAGAAGAGCUUCCCCAGAAUCGGCCCUGAUUCCAGACCCACAGCGUCAUGACGGCUCUGGUCACCCUGCUGUCCCUGCUCCUGCUGGGAGCCCGGGCCCAGCACGGGGCUGAGUGGACCUACUCAGAGGGGCUGCUGGAUGAGGCACACUGGCCGAAGGAGUACCCCGACUGCGGGGGGAAGAGACAGUCGCCCGUCGACCUGCAGAGGAAGGAAGUGUGGUACAACCCUUCCCUGAGGGCUCUGAACCUGUCAGGCUACGAGGUCCAGCACGGGGCGUUCCCUAUGGUCAACGAUGGCCACACAGUACAGAUCAGCCUGCCCCCCACCAUGCGCGUGACGGCUGCCGAUGGCACCCAGUACGUAGCCCAGCAGAUGCACUUCCACUGGGGUGGCGCCUCCUUGGAGAGCAGCGGUUCCGAGCACACCAUUGAUGGGAUCAGAUAUGUGAUCGAGAUUCACGUCGUUCAUUACAAUUCUAAAUACAAGAGCGACGAUAAGGCUCAGAAAGCACCGGAUGGUUUGGCUGUGCUGGCAGCCCUCGUCGAGGUCAAGGAUAAUGCUGAAAACGCUUACUACAGCAACUUCAUUUCUCGCUUGAAGAGCAUCAGGUAUCCAGGACAAAGCACAGUUCUGAGGGGCCUUGACGUUCAGGACAUGCUACCUGGGAACCUCCACUACUACUACAGCUACUGGGGGUCACUCACCACACCUCCCUGUACUGAGAACGUCCGCUGGUUUGUGCUGGCAGAUACUGUCAAGCUCUCCAGGACACAGGUUUGGAAGCUGGAGAAUUCCUUAUUGAAUCACCAGAACAAGAGCAUCCACAAUGAUUACCGUGGAACCCAGCCCCUGAACAACAGAGUGGUAGAAGCCAACUUCAUGUCUCAACUUAAUCAGCGCUCUGAGCUCCAAUUUUAUCUAAUCAAUAUUGACAGUAACCUUGAGUACUUGAGAAGGUUUAUUGAACAGAAGAAAGCAAAGAGAAAAAGACAAGGGUAAUGACCUUGAAGAGUGAGCCCUGCCUUGUCUCCAAGAAGCCCUGUAUGUCUGGAUCACAGCGUUCCCACUGAGGCACCUGUUUAAUUUUUGAUUAAAACAGGAGAAACCAUCAUCCAUGAAAGGAAGUGAGAUGGCUUAAACAUAUGAGAAGGGAUUUGAGUUAGACAACACCAAUGGGAAUUGAUUGGAAUAGAAAUUUAAAGGAGAUGGAGACCUAACUAUCCUCCUCUCGAAUCACGCACAUUGAUGUGUCUAAAUUACAAAUCAGCC